UUUUAGUAGUCGAACAUCAAUCGCUGGAGAUUCUAGUCAUAAAACAGCACCUGCUAAACAGUUUGCUGUGUAACGUUUCUAGUCCCAAGUCGAUAGUGUUUAUUUUUGCUCUAUAUCUAGUGCCAUUUUAACCGCCAACAACAACCGGCUGAUUUCGUGUGAUUUUUCACAUCACCGGUUGACUGAUCCAAACAACGCAUUGAUUGUUAUUUGUUAACAAAUAUAGUAGCUGUAGAGUAGUGUUGUGUAGAAGAAAAAAUUUAGAAUAAUGUCCCUGGAGGAAUCUCGACGCACACAGCGCCCCUACCGGUAUGGAAUGAUACUGCUGUGCGUGGGUGCCCUAGUCAACUGGCUGGGCCUGGCGGAACACUACUCGGAACCGAUCCGUUACACCGGGGUAGCCUGUAUUCUUGCCGGGGCUUGCCUGAUCUGUACUGCCAUGUGCUGCUGGUUGCAUACGCCUAAUCGAGCGGGAACGAAUGAGAAUGACGAUCCCAUUCACGUAAUUAGCUCGGCCGAGGAAAGGCGAUGCGAGAAACCACCGGACUAUGACACAGUGGCCGUAGCUCCUCCAAGUUAUGACGACGCCAUUAAGCUGAACCCGGCAGCACUUAUGGGCCAUAAUCCGAUUGGACCGGUUUCGGAACCGGGAUCAGUAACGGACAACAGUUCCAGCCCCACAACCGGUGGGGUAGAUAGCGCUAACAACUCCACAUCAACUAGCGCAGCAGCCAGUAGUCCUAGUCCAACCAGUAGCAGUUCGUCGCCGUUUAGCUUUAGCAGCAUCUUUCUGGGUCGAUCCCAGAGCCAGAGUCCCCAGGCAUCCGGAACGGACUCCAGUCAAGAAACAACAGUCACGGCGACCGUUAGCACUGAGAAUGAAAAAAUCCGCGAAAAACCCCCACCGUACGAAGCCCCCACGAGUGUUGCCGCCAUUCCGGCGCAACUGAACCCAAUGAUUGUGGUUCCAUGCAGCAACUAAGUAAUCAACUAGGAGGGGUUCCGCGGAUGUCCAAGAUGUGUUCAAGAACCCCGCUCCACUAUACGUAUAGAAACCGUGUAUUCGAAAUAAGUCCUCAACUGGAUCCUGGCCCCAAAUUGGAACCAGUGACCGCAAGGCUGUGCUCAAACUAUUUUUUUUAAUCAUACAUGUGUACUUAGUAUGUAAGCGCCCUUAUUCUUCCCCCGUGUAAAAUCCCCUUUUAACUAAGUCACUACCGAGUUACGGUUAGUGAUUCAUCGAUACAACUAGACGAAGCAAUUAAUUGAAUGCAGAUGAGAUUUGUUAAGCCAUCCUUAAAUCUUCUAAUCUAGCAACGACUGAGUAUAAUUCAAUCGUGUUAACUUAUGAUAGUGCUGAUCAGACUUUAAAUCGACCGAUUUUGUUUGAUAUCAACCAAAUUCGAAAGAUUGCAGAUAUUCUUCCAAAACAGUAUUGUUUAAUUUCAAAUCAAAUCUCAAGCAACCAGUCAAAAUUACACCAAUAAUCAAAAACGGACAUAUAACAAAGUUUCGUGUGAUGUCGAUCACAACAUUUCUGGUAGAAAUUAUGUUUGCCGAAUCGAUUUGACAAUCAGAGCUAGCGGAAGGUGUUAAUUUCUUCUGUACAAAAACGGUAAACAAGCACAAAAAGUAAUAAAAACCCACUAAAGAGGAAAAAACUACAGCUAAACCAAAACGCAAUGGAAAAAUACGAUUUGAAGUCAGAGUAAAACGUAACAAAAAAAAGUUAUUUUUGUCUCACAUUAGGAUCGUUAAGUCGGAUCGUUUGUAACUCGAUUUCGUUGUUUAAUUGACGCGAUAAUUAUCUGCCGAGUUUUUAACAAAAGUAGCGUCUUCAAUCGGUACCAUCUACUUAAGAGCGAAAGGGCAACCGUUACUUAAAUCCAUAUGUAUCAUAUAUCGAUCAUAUCAUAACCAUGUUAGAAGCAGACAGUUUAGAUAGGAGUGAAUUUUGAACUGAAACCGCUUAAAACACGUUCGAAUUUAAGCUAGAGUGAGGAAUAAACGUAGAGUAUUGCAUAUAGGCAGUAAAAAUAAAUAAAAUACUUAU